UUCCUUAAAGUGAGCACACCUGAGUUAAAGAGAGCUUGCUCACUGGCAGAUGUUAUGAUUGCAAGGAGCUCUGGAGAGCAGAAGCAACAUACCAGCAGUGUACUGAAGCAACUCUCAACAACAACAGCUUACUUGAAUCAUUUGAAGAUGAUGCGAUUGCUGUUUCUGUGUGUGCUGCUACUGCUGCCAGCUGCCACUGUUCAUUCAGAAGAGUUUGAAGGAUCAGCUAAUGAUUCAGAUGAUGAGGAUUUAGAUGAGAUAAAUGGCAUCCAAGCUAAAAAGAAAAUGACAGAAGAAACCUCAAGAACUCCAUUUGCCGAAGGCUCCCAAGCCGAAAAUAAAAGCCAGGAAAACGACGGUCAAACAGCUUUGAUCAUCUCAGUUGCUGUGGUUGCAUCGGUGGUUCUUUUAGUCACAGCAAUUACUGCCAUAAUGUUGAAGAAACGACAAAAGCUCAAACAGCAGCAAGGGAUUUACUCUAUACCUACUGAGCAGAACCAGAAAGAAGCCAUCUAGUUCCCGGCAGAGCAGCAGCUCUGCACCAUAAGACCAAGCGUGAACAGGCCGUGUUAUUUCCUACUCUCUGACUCAGGACAUUUGGAUUCAUUUGCACAUCAGCCUGCUUCUCACGGCCGCUCUCACAUCCCCAUAAACAUAUCUAACCUAUGCAGUAUGAUUUCUCUUUCCGCUGUUGUGCACUUUUUUUUUUUUUUUCCCUCUGUAUCCCAGCUGUUUGUUCUCCAUUUAGCCAUGGAUUUUGGAACACAUUCAAACCUUUUAAUUGGAUUCUGUUUGAAAAAUCUAAAUUUAAAGUGGAGCAUGUGCUUGCAGUUUCUUUUUGUAAAAAUGAAUAAUUUAACAUGAGCAAAUCUAUAAAUUUUUUUUUGAAAGCAUAAAAUGAUUGACCAUUUAAGCAGAAAAACAAAUAGUUUUGAUAUGGUGUGUGUGUGUGUGUGUGUGCGCGCGCGUGUGUGUGUGUGCGUGCGCGCAACAAGCCUGUCUCUGAAAUGGUUGUUGACAAACCAUAUUAAUCGCACUAAGACACCAGAGUGCUUUUCCCAUUCAUUCAUUUGACAACUUCUGUUCCUGGCCCUAUGGGAGCAAGGCAGGCAGUGGAGAGACAAAACCCACUCUUUAGCGUUUUUUUCAACAGUGCAAAAUAAAACAAGUAGAUACACCAACUGAGCAUACCUUUUCAGCUACACUGCAAAAUAGUCAACCACUAUGAAUGAUGUUUUUGUUUCCUCCCCCUUUUUUUUUUUUGUCUUUUUUGCAAAGCUUCAGUUUAGUCUUGGGGAUUGUAAAUAGCUCAGAAACAUGCAGUGUUAGAGCAGUGCGGGAAGCAUUGCUCUGAAGGAAGCUCAGGAAGAGGGAGGGAAUAAACUGAUUAAGGCGAGAUGAUUGGGCAACUGCAAACAAUGUUUUUCUUUUUUUUUUUUAAAUGGAGGGGUGCUGGUUUCACUCACGUGACAUCGGUCACACGAUGUGCAGGAAAGCUUCUAUCCAAGAAACAAAAGUGAAGGUCGCUGUCAGUGUUUCACGCAAAGUGGCAUAACCACCCAGCUUUUAAAACACAUGACAUGUUAAAGCAAAAUCUUAUUUCCACUAAAUCUUGACAAGGAACACUGCUUGGCUUGAAGAGUGCAGCUGUCUAUGUAUCAGGUGUCGGACAUCAGCUUAAAAAAAUGAUCAUACAUUGGUACAAGACAAAUUAUCUGAUAGCUUAUAUCUAAAGCAUCAAUGCUGUUGAUUUCUGAUUGUAGCCUUUGUGUCAGCAUUUCAUUGAUACAUAACGUAAUGUGGAAGACAAAACAUUUCAUUGUUUUUCCUGGCUUAAAUGGUUUGAUUUUCUGAUUCUGUUUUAUUGUAUGAUGCAAGUGUAUUCCUUUUUACAUUCUUUUCCCCUAAAACGUAGAAAAAUGUUUCUGUAAGCUUGCAAUAACAUGCCUCUCUGAUAUUCCCUCUUCGGAGAGCCUCCCCGUUGUGACACUACUCAUGUAACGUAAUACAACACAUGUAGCAUUUAAGCUUUUUAUGGCUAUGAUUAUACAAGUGGAAAUCUCAGUCCUUUUAAAAAUGCCUCAUGCAUCUUUGGAAAAAGAAACCAAAGGAUUAUGACUAUCUAGAAAAGUUAUGGCAGUUUUAAGUGCUGAAUGGCUUUAUUAUUAGUAACUGAUUUAACAAUUAUGUUUUGAAACAUUGGUCAAUGCAAAUGUUGAGACAUGCUCAAGUAUUCAAUGAUAAAAGCAUGUGGGACAUAAUGAGUUAAAUUUAAAUUGUAUAUAUUUACUGAGCAAUGUUUUUUUUUUUCAAAGAAAUGAAAAAUGUAACAAAGAACACUUAAGGGUUGUUGUUUGUGAGAAAUUCCAAUGAUUAUAGAAUGUCCUGUGUAAAAUAUGUAUUAGUGUUAUAUUGCAGCAAUGAUUAAAUCUUAAUGUUAAAUUCUUAUAUAUAUGCACUUUUUAUAUGUAUUUCUAUGCCAAUGACAUUUACUGGGGUAUUCAUGUUCAAUUUCCAGAGCUUCUAACUGAUGGAUUAAUAACUGCCAAGAAUGCCAUCAUCAAUUUGCACAGCUACAGACACCUUUUUAUUUGUUCUUCUAGUAACUGGAAUGGGGAAACUACUGUGUAUAUAUAUUCAAAACUAUGCUAAACUGUUUUUGCCUUUUUUGACAUUAAAAUAUACGUACUUGG